UUACAAGAAUCACAGCCAGAAUAUGGGUGAAAUAUAGCGAUUUUUAGGCUGUUUCCAAACCUUUUAAGUUUUAGAUUUUCCCAUCAUACCUUUCACAAGUUUUGACAACUUUUUCUCAUCUAAAUACUCUUGGUUUCCGUGUAUUUAUAUGUUCGGUUAUAUAUGCCAUCUUCCCAAGUGGAGUGUUGUGGUGAGGAUCCUCAGUAUUCUCUACAAUGAGUGAAAUAAAAAGGUGAAACCUGGCUGGGCAGUGGUGGCACACGCCUUUAAUCAUAGCGGGAGGGAGAUGCUCCAAUGCUACAGAGAAACCCUGUCUAGAAAAACAGCCCCAAAAAAGGUUGAUCCGGCACACCUUUAAUCCCAACAGAGGCAGGCAAUAUCUGUGAGUUUGAGGUCAGCGUGGUCUUGAGGUAGUGCCAGGACAGCUAGGGCGCUAUUUAGAAGUGUUCUACUGCUCAUGCUCAGUUCCCAGCAGUCAGACUGGGCUGCUGCAUCUCUAGCAACGUGGGUACGCACGCACUUCUUAGCAUUACGUUGACAAAAUAUUUCACAAUAUAUGAAUUUAGUUCAAAUGGAUAAGCUAGUGUUUAAUUCAUUCAUGGGCCGUUCCCGCGGGCGAUGUACCAAGGAGCGCCACCUGGGUCUCCCAACAGCUCCGCCAUUGGUCAAAGAGAACAGGGUGCUCACCCUCAAGCAAGUGCGCAUGCGUGAGAAAGUCAACGCAGAGACCGGUUUCGAGCAGCGCAUGCGUGUUGAUUCCUGGCUCGUCAGCAUGGAUACCUCGUUCCAUCUCUGGUCUCUGCUGUGGUUCCUGUCCAGUCCCAGACUUCAGCUAGGAAGUGCUCAGGCUCCUGCCAUGGUGCAGCUGCCAGGUGGACAAUUUUUGAUGGGGACCGAUGCUCCAGAUGGCAGAGACGGCGAAGGGCCUGCCCGGGAAGUGACAGUCAAAUCCUUCGCCAUUGACGUGUUUCCCGUCACCAAUAAAGAUUUCAGGGAAUUUGCCCGAGAGAAAAAGUUCCGGACCGAGGCAGAGACCUUCGGGUGGAGUUUCGUCUUUGAGGAUUUUGUGCCCCCUGAGCUUAGAAAUCAAGCAAAUCAGAUGCCGUCUGUUCUCUGGUGGCUGCCAGUGCAGAGGGCGUUUUGGAGGCAGCCUGCAGGUCCCGGCUCUGGCAUCCGAGAAAAACUGGAGCUUCCGGUGGUACAUGUGAGCUGGAAUGAUGCUGUCGCUUACUGUGCAUGGCGGGGAAAGCGGUUGCCCACAGAGGAGGAGUGGGAGUUUGCGGCCCGAGGGGGCUUGAAGGGCCAGGUUUAUCCAUGGGGGAACAAGUUCCAGCCAAACCGCACCAAUUUGUGGCAGGGAAAGUUCCCCAAGGGUGACAGAGCUGAAGACGGUUUUCAUGGACUGUCACCAGUGAGCGCUUUCCCCCCUCAGAACAACUAUGGACUAUACGACCUCAUGGGCAAUGUGUGGGAAUGGACGGCGUCCACAUACCAAUCUGCUGGCCAGGAUAUGCGUGUCCUCCGGGGGGCGUCAUGGAUCGAUACCGCUGAUGGCUCAGCCAAUCACCGGGCUCGGGUCACCACCAGACCCCAUCCCCAACAGUAUGCACACUCUCCCUGUUCUGCCACAGGAUGGGCAACACUCCAGAUUCCGCCUCAGACAACCUGGGCUUCCGCUGCGCCUCCAGCACAGGCCAACGGAAGGAGGAUUUGUAAGCACCCAGGCAGGGAUGGAGAAGGCUGCCCUCAGUACUGUGUCUCCCUGCCCACGUUCCAGAGGCAUCGGAUACCACGUUCCUUGUCAGCCUGCAGGUGGCCUCCCUCCGAGCCCCUUCUCUCUGGCAGAUGUCUCCUAAGGGCAAAAGAACACUCAACCCCAAGAGGGGACUACUAUAGCCUGCAAGAGGAGGGCCUGGAUGAUCAUGGCUGGGAGCUGUGUGUUUCUCUGAAGUGCAGGAUUAUGGACAAAGGACCCCAGUGCUCUGGUAUCUGGAGCAGUUCUCCAAAAGACAACAGUCUGAAAAUGGCUCCCUCUCAGGCAGGCCGUGGUGGCACACACCUUUAAUCCAGGCCCUGGGAAAGCAGAGGCAGGCAGGUCUCUGUGAGUUCAUGACCAGUCUGGUAUACAGAGUGAGUUCCAGGACAGCAGCAAAAAAAAAAAAAAAAAAAAAAAAAAAACUCUUCCUUUUCUUUCUUCCUCUCUGAUUCAGUUUUUAGUUCUCCUGGAAAAGUUUGUAGAAGGAAAAUGCUUUCUUUAUGUGAUGGUGCCCAAAGCCUCCCUGUCUGUUGUUUGCAACAGGGUACUCUCAGUCCUCUGACCUCAGCUUCCUGAGUGCUGCAGUUAUACACAGGGUCCAGUAUUAAAACACUCUAGUAGAGCAAAUAAUUUACCAGGUGAAGCUGUGCAUUGUGGGAGUAACAAGUUUCGAGCUCUCCUAGGAGGGCAAAUGCCAUAAACUUCUCCUCUGGGUGUUAGUCAUGUAGGGGCUUCCAUGUACCUCUGCAAACAUGCAAACAGUCUCUGGAGAAGCACUGGUUCCCAUGGUGUCGAUGGAUAUCAUGAAGUCAAUAAACUCUGCAUUUGUGUAUCGGAAA